AUGGCCGUUAGUGCCGGAAAAUAUGGAGGUGGUCCUGGUGGAGCCAGUCUUGGUGGACUUGGCGGUGGAGCAGGAGUUGCCAAUGCCCAAGCCACAUCUUCGGCUGUGGCUAGUGGUGGUGGUCACGGUGGUGGUGUUGGAACCGCUCAAGCUUCCGCUUCUGCUACAGCUCAAGCUGUAGGUGGUGGUGGUGGUAUCGGUGGUGGCCUUGGCGGUGGCAAAGCUUGGAGAAGUAGUAACAAACAAAAAAACUUAACCCGAACAGUGGCUACAGAAUUUGCCUUAGAAUUGGCAACGGCCCUUCCACCUCCAUUUCCUUUGCUUUGGGCAACAGCAGACGAGGAUGCUGAAGCUUGUAGCAGCACCACCUCCACGACCACCAGCUCCUCCAGCCUUAACAGUGGCAACUGA